AUGGUGUAUUUUUAUGAAUCUAAAAAUGAUGAAAAUGAUAUCCCACAUAUGAUAGUUACUGGGAAGGAUAAAUUCGAAAAUGAUUUCUUAAUAAAAUAUGGUUACAAAGAAUUGCAAUAUAUUUGGUUUCACGCAGAUAAGUACUCUAGUGGUCAUAUUUAUUUACAAUUAACUAAUGGUGAAAAGACGUUAGAAGAUGUCCCCAAUGAAGUAAUUAAUGAUUGCCUACAACUUUGCAAAGCAUCAUCUAUUGCUGGUAAUAAAUUACCAGAAUGUACUAUUUUAAUUACUCCAUGGACAAAUUUGAAAAAAAAUAAGUAUCAUAACCCCGGUGAAGUAUCAUUUAAAACGCUUAAAAAUUGUAAGAGACGGAAAUGUUUUGGCAGAGAUAAUAAGAUCCUUAAUAGACUAACAAAGACAAGGGUCGAGAUGGCAGAUAAUGUAGAAGAGACCUUACACCGUGCCAAAAAGAGUAAAGAUGAAUUUUUUUUCAACAAAUAUCUUGCUGCAAAUAAACAAAGGUUAAUUGACGUAGAGAUACAAAGAAACAAACUAAAAAAAGAACAAAAAAAGUUAAAAAAGAAGAAAAUCGAAGAAGAGGAAUUUGUUGACUUCAAUGUUGAAAAUGGUCAGGAAAAAAUGACGAAUAUAUAA